AGGGCGGGGGAAGGGGGGGGAUUUAAAUCUCCUCAAGGGCAGCAAGGAGGGAGAACUACAUCUCCCAUGGUGCCUUGGGCACUCUCUGCAGUACCUCGCUUGGAGUGGGUGAAAGGGGAAUCUCGUCGCAGCGGUGGUUCCUCUGUGAGCGAGCUGGCCUACCUCGUCCAGUCAAGUAGCCUCUUCGUUUUGGUGUCUUCGGUCGUUGCCGCGGUGGGCGAAGUGUUUGGAGCCGCUUGAAGCAACACCUUGUCACGUUCUUCUCCUUCUGGCAGGCUCUGGGCCUUGCUGACCAAGUCGGCUCCUGGCGCCUGUUGUAGCCGAGCCUCCGGGCUCCCCGUACCCGGAGAGGAUGUCGGAGCAGACGGGCUUGGCGAUGCCCCAGAGCAUGGACAGGAGUUGCUGGGUGUGUUUUGCCACUGAUGAGGAUGACAGAACAGCUGAGUGGGUGAGACCAUGCAGGUGCAGAGGCUCUACAAAAUGGGUUCACCAAACUUGCCUACAGCGCUGGGUAGAUGAAAAACAAAGGGGAAACAGUACAGCUCGAGUUGCCUGUCCUCAGUGCAAUGCAGAAUACUUAAUAGUAUUUCCGAAGCUAGGUCCAGUUGUUUAUGUCUUGGACCUAGCAGAUCGCCUUAUCUCAAAAGCCUGUCCGUUUGCUGCAGCUGGAAUAAUGGUGGGCUCUAUCUACUGGACAGCUGUCACUUAUGGAGCUGUAACAGUAAUGCAGGUUGUGGGUCAUAAAGAAGGCCUUGAUGUUAUGGAAAGAGCAGAUCCUUUAUUCCUUUUAAUUGGACUUCCCACCAUUCCAGUCAUGCUUAUAUUGGGAAAGAUGAUUCGCUGGGAAGACUACGUGCUUAGAUUGUGGCGCAAAUAUUCUAACAAGCUACAGAUACUGAACAGCAUAUUUCCAGGGAUUGGAUGCCCUGUUCCUCGUAUUCCAGCUGAGGCCAACCCUUUGGCAGAUCACGUCUCUGCUACUCGUAUUCUAUGUGGAGCUCUCGUCUUUCCCACUAUUGCUACGAUAGUUGGCAAAUUGAUGUUCAGCAGUGUUAACUCUAAUCUUCAAAGAACAAUUUUGGGUGGAAUUGCUUUUGUUGCUAUAAAAGGAGCUUUCAAGGUUUAUUUCAAACAGCAGCAAUAUUUACGACAAGCUCAUCGGAAAAUUUUAAACUAUCCUGAGCAAGAGGGAGCAUAAAUGGCUGUGCAUGUCUGACUCGUGCAAUCUCAUCUAUGAUAUUCAGCAGCAUUGUACCAAUUCUGUUGUUUGACUACAAUAUCUUGGAGAAUAUCCUGCUGAUUGGUUAUUGUUCUCUCCCCCUCCCCAUGUAGAAUAAAAAGGACAUUCUUGUGGAAGGUGAACCCUUCUUUGUUAAGCCUAAGAAUGUGGUUUGUUUUCACUGAUGCGUUCCUCUUGUGACGGAAGACAUCGAAAUGGUUUUCUUCUGGGCAGAUGUUGCCUUCUUUCCAAACAGAAGCCAAACAGUUGUGAAGUUAAUAAAUUAUGUGCAGACUCUAUUGAAAUAUCUUUUGUAUACUUAUUAGAGUAAAUGGACAGUACUUUGCUACAUGGGCCAAUAUUAUAAAGAGACUUUUAAUAAUAUGGUUUUGAUAGUGUAUUGCCAAGUGGAGUUCGGGAAUAUCAGUUAAUAAAAUUCCCCUUAUUUAUAGCUGAAACUAAACAAUUAGUAUCGAAGUCUAAAAUCCUCUCAGAUUAAUGAUUGUUGAAGUUUGCUCAUUUUCUGACUAGUUCAUGUAGCUCAUUGGAACUGACCAGGAUGUUUUAAAAAAGGCUGUCUUUUGAUAAGCAACUUGAAGUACCAGCAAAUUGCUGGGUUUUUUUUAAAUUUAAAAAUUUUCAUCAAACUCCUUUAUUUUGACUCUUUGCUUGCAAUGCAAGUAGUGCUAUAUAUAAUUUGACUCUGUUUGCCUGCUGUGAUAUUGAAAAACUGAGUUUUGUGAUAUUGAAAGCUGCUGUGAUAUUGAAAAACAUAGGAAGCUGCCGUAUACUGAGUCAGACCACUGGUCCAUCUAGCUCAGUAUUGGCUACACAGACUGGCAGCAGCUUCUCCAAGGUUGUAGGCAGGAAACUAUCUCAACCCUAUCUUGGAGAUGCCAGGGAGGGAACUUGGAACCUUCUGCGUGCCUGCACGCAGGUACUCUACCCAGAGUGGCCCCAUACCCUAAGGCAGUGGUUCCCAAACUGGGGCCCCCCAGAUGUUGCUGAACUGCAACUCCCAUCAGCCCCAGCUACAAUUUAUUGUGGCUGGGGAUGAUAGGAGUUGUAGUCCAGCAACAUCUGGAGGCCUCCAGUUUGGGAACCACUUCCCUAAGGCAAAUAGCUUACAGUCUUCACACAUGUAGUCUCCCACUUAAAUGCAAACCAGGGUGGACUGUGCUUAGCAAAGGGGACAGUUCAUUCUUGCUACCACAAGACCAGAUUUUUUGCUUGUAAUAAGUUCAACAGUCGAGUUGUUGCUUAGUGCCAGCAUGCUGCAGAAUCAGAGCUGAAUUGUGGAAUUAUUAGUUAAAGCUAAGUCUAAAAGCAAGGCUUCAAAAGGCGGUACUGGUAACAUGCAGCUGUAUCUAAAAGAAAGUAUAAAUGUUCAGAUUCAAGCAUUAAGAUUAUUGAUUUCACACGUAGAGCCUACUUUGUAGAAUUAGUUUUCUACGCUUAAUACUUUUUGUUAUUAUUUGUCUGACAUUCAAAGCUUAACUCCAUUUUGUUUGAAAUUGUGUCCCAUUGAUUUCAAUGGAGCUUCUAAGCGAAUACACUUAAGAUUGGAGCAUAGGUUCCAGUUCUCUCUGUGUGUGCGUGCGCACACACACAAGCAUACACUACAAAUCUCAUUCCAAUCAAUGAGAUGGGUUUUUCAGUCAAGAUUGAGGUUUAUAAGGGAGAUACUUAUGUUGCACUUUUUAUUGACAAUAGAAAAUAGUGUUAUCGAUGUUGGAUUCUACAUGACAAUUGAACCAUAUCUAGAUAAUGACAUCCUGGGUUUACUGGUGUUUCUUUAGGGAAGAUUAAUUAAAGAACCAUUGAGUGUCUCUUAACCACUCAAAAAUUAUGUUGUUCAAACAGUAUAUCUAAUGCAUGGAGAAAUGUAAUAAGCUUUCCCUCAUUUUAAGUGCUGGUAAGUAAUAUGGUUGUGGGGGUUUUUUUAACAGAAGAAAAUGGAAAAAGUGGGCUUCAUAUUUGAUUGCAAUAAUGUAUGCUAAAGAAAUAUGGAAAUUUGCUCUAGUAAGCAUUACUUUACCUAUUGGAAUGUAAUAUUUUAGAAGUGUAUAAAUAGUGUACAUAAUAACCAAGUAUUCCAACACUGGUAAAUGUGGACAAAUCCACGUUUAGUUUCUUGUUGUAAGUACUUCAAAAAACUACUAUGUUUGUCAACUGGACUUUUCAUAUAUAAAUAAAUAAAACUGGGGUUUGGGCACUAUAAAACAUUUCUGGCAGAAAUCCUCAUCAGAAGGAUGAGUUUUCUCAGUGAUCUUUACUGUAUAUUCACCAGCCCUUUAUCUGCUGGUUUUUAAAAUCGGUAUCUUGCAGAUUCUAACAGUGAAAAGUGGUUAGUUUGGAAUUUGUCCUAUGGUAAAAUGUGUUUGAAAAUUGCUGAAACCAUUGUAUAUCUUAUAACUACAAAUGUACUGUGAAAAAUGUGAAAUUACGUUAAGUAGCAAAAACCUUGGUUACUGUGCUGUUAAAAUAUUUUUAGUAGUGCAAUUUAUGAUCACAUAUUGGAUUAGAUUGAAUAAAACUUUUUUUUACAUUC